UAUCUUGCUAUACGUCAUGAAGAUGGCGCAAACUUGACUAUAGACGAGUUAUCGAUGCUGUUCUGAUCCACCGACUAAUCGUUACUGUUUCUAAAGGACACAUCCUGCUCCGCAUCGUAUUUACUAAUUCUAGCAUAACCGCAUCAUCAGGAUAUUUCAGUUACUUCCGGGUACAUAAAGGCUGACCGUGAAGACGUAUUUCCGUCAUUCUGAUUGGCCGUCGGACCUCCCGGGAAACCGUUCUUAUUUGUGAUUGGACGGCUGACGAAAGUAGUUUGAGUGUCAUGGACCCACAGACUGUUGGAUACGCAGCGAAGCGAGGUCAUAUGCGGCUCAGGAAUACUUCCUGGUAGGAGACAAGUUGUGAUGGAGAAGAAGGCCUGAACUGUCUUGAAACAAUUUGGGAUACUUCACAUGUAAACUUCAUGUUGACCCUUGCUUUCCCCAGCCUGAGUCGAGCAGCGGUGCGUGUGAGGAAACUGUCGGCUCAACUCCCUAAAGCAACCAUGUUCACAAUGACCCAGGCCUCGAGUCCGUCCUCUGCAGCCAACGGGGAGGCUCCUCCCACUGCAGCCAUCCUCAUCAUCGGAGAUGAGAUCCUCAAGGGUCACACACUGGACACAAACAGUGCCUUUCUCAUACGGAAACUAAGAAAGCUCGGGGUGUCUCUGCAGCGCAUCACGGUCGUACCCGAUGUACAGGAAGUCAUUGCCAAAGAGGUGGCCCUCCUUUCCCCUCAGGUCACACAUCUCAUCACCUCGGGGGGCAUAGGCCCCACCCAUGACGACGUCACCCUUGAGAGUGUUGCCAUGGCAUUCCAAGAGGAGUUGUAUCCCAACCCUGAGCUCGCCCGGUUGGUUGAGGAGUUUUUCGGGGUGACGGAUAAGAACAGCGCGGCCAUGAAGCUGGCGAUGGUGCCUCGCUCGGCCGUUCUCAACUAUGGAACUGACCCUCAGACUGGACAACUGCUCCGCUACCCACUGGUCAGUGUGCGUAACGUGUUCAUCUUCCCUGGGGUCCCGUCUCUGAUGGAGAGGACCUUCAAUGGGCUGGAGCACCUCUUUGCUAGUUCAGGCACAACUUUUCACACCCGUGAGGUGUUCGUGGACGCAGAAGAAGCAGAGAUCGCCUCUGUGCUGACGAGACUGCAGGCCGGUUGGUGUCCGAAGGUGGCGCUGGGCUCCUACCCUGACUGGUUGAGCAACUAUCACAGAGUCAGGCUGGUCCUGGACUCGGAUAGCCAGGAGGAGGUGGACAAGGCCUGGGCACAGCUGCUGGACGAUCUGCCUCCGGGCAGCGUGGUGCCCUUAGUGACGGACCCGGUGUCGAUCGCCACUGCUGAGGUGUACACACUGGCCAAGAGCGGCACGCCGUUGGGUGAGACGGUGAUGUCGGCGCUGAAAACGAUCGAGGCCGCACUGGAUCAGUAUUCGACUGAGGAAGUCUGCAUCGGCUUCAACGGAGGCAAAGACUGCACGGCGCUGCUCCAUCUCUACUACGCAGCGCUGAAACGACGAUAUCCAGACAGUAAAGACAAGGUGAAAGCCCUGUAUAUCCGUAUUGUCUCUCCGUUCCCAGAAAUGGAGAGAUUCCUUCAGGAUACAAUAAAAAGGUAUGACUUGGAGAUAUUCUCCGUGGAGGGCAGCAUACGGCAGGCGCUGAGCGAGGUGCAGGAGAGGAGGCCGGAGCUGAAGGCCGUCCUUAUGGGCACCAGGAGGAGCGACCCCUACUCUCACACACUGGCAGCCAUGUGUCCCACUGACCCCGGCUGGCCGGACUACAUGAGGGUCAACCCGUUACUGGACUGGACGUAUCACGACAUCUGGGCCUUCUUGAGGACGUUGUACGUUCCCUACUGUAUUCUCUACGAUAAAGGGUACACGUCCCUCGGCAGUAUGGACAACACCUGUCGGAACGCGUCCCUCCAGACGGUGGAUGUGAGGGGGGUGACGCGCUACAAGGCGGCCCACCUCCUGGAGAACGAGGACGAGGAGAGAAACUCCCGCGCCUGAUGCAGUCUCUCUUCUCGCCGCCUCACCUGUUGCUGAUUGAGCCGCCGUUCAACCCCCGCACACAUGAACACGGCUGUGUUUAUUCCGUGGAUGUCUGCAGAGUGUGAUAGUGAAGGAAGUGUGCGGUUUGUUUAUACGUGUGAGUCUUGGCUUUACUGACGGCGCUCUGCUGGUGAAUAAAACGUCAAUCGGUGUCAUCUUUA